AUGGCGAAUUGGUCCAAUAACACAGUACCGAUUAAACGACCAUUAGCUGUUCGCUUUUCAACUUAUACGAGCGAGGAUAUCCGUAAAUUAAGCGUUAAACAAAUUACCAAUGUGCAUACUUUUGAUCGAUUAAUGAAUGCAAAUCAUGGUGGUCUAUGCGAUCCAGCAUUAGGCCCAAUUGAAACGUUAAGCCCAUGUAGUACCUGUGGGCAAAUUAUGGAUUAUUGUCCUGGUCAUUUUGGCCAUAUUGAUCUGCAUUUACCUGUCUAUCAUCCGUUAUUCUUUAAGCACAUGCUAAUGCUGCUGAAAGGGAUGUGCUUUCAGUGCCAUCAUUUACAUGGUACACCUGCAGCUUUAAAUCUUUUCGUCUGCCAAUUGAAAUUACUCGAGUAUGGAUUACUGACUAAAUGCUAUGAAUUACCUGAUAUUGCUGAUGCAGUGGCUAAUACUCUUAGCAGCAGUGAAGACAUGAGCUUUCAACAAAUCCAAAAAGGUAUCAUUCAUGCCAUCAAUGCAGAAGUUCAACAUGCUCUUGCCAAUAUACCAUUGCAAGACAAGAAAAAUACCUCCAAAUGGACUUAUAGUAAAAAUGUAACUCAAUGUCGUAAAUUGAUUUUACAUCAAUUUUUUCAUUAUUGUAUCUCACAUGGAUCGAAGAAAUGUAACCGUUGUAAAGGUCCACCCCAUAUUAUUCGAGCACAGCACCAUGCUAAGGUAUUCUAUAAACAACGUGUAAAAUCUAUUGAUCAAGGAAAGAAUACCGAAAUGGAGAGCGAAUAUUCAUUAGCUCGUCAAAAAUAUAUGCAUCCUAUUGAAGUUCGUUAUCAUUUACGCCAACUAUGGAAGAAUGAGAAACGCAUAUUAACGCUAGUCUUUGGCACAUUUAAUAAACUUACCUCCAACAGACGUAUAGCAAAUGAAAAUUCUUUCUUCUUGGAUGUCAUCCCAGUCCCACCAACACGAUUUAGGCCUGUUUCAACAUUAGGUGAUAGUCGUUUUGAAAGCCCUCAAACUACCAACUUAAAUAAAAUUUUAGAAGAUAAUGUCGUUGUAGAAGAUUUAAUUGAUAAUCUAAAACAAGAAGAGAAUAAAAAUGUCAACGAUCACGACGUUAAGGUGAAAUCUUAUUACUUUGGUGGUAGAUCAAUCAAGAUAGCAGGCAGUACACCUACAGCUCGAUUACACAAUGCUUGGCUUCGAUUACAAACGCACGUUAACUGUUUUGUGGACAGCGAUUUAGAUAAAUUAUCAUCUGAUAAGGCACCUGGUAUUAAGCAAAUACUUGAAAAGAAAGAAGGUUUAUUAAGGAAGCAUAUGAUGGGUAAAAGAGUGAAUUUUGCUGCUCGAUCAGUAAUUUCGCCUGAUCUUUCAAUUAAUUGCGAUGAAGUUGGAGUUCCUGAGGUAUUUGCUACAAAAUUGACCUAUUGUCAACCUGUUACACCAUUUAAUGUUAGACAGUUGAGAAAUGCCGUCAUCAAUGGGCCUAAUAAGCAUCCCGGUGCAACUCUUAUUGAAUUUGAAGAUGGUAAUAUUAAGAAAAUUAGUCAACACAGUUUCAAUCAACGCCAAGCCUUAGCAAAGCAAUUAUUAACUCCAAAUACGUCCCAUGUUGGUCAAUGUAAAAAAGUUCAUCGUCAUCUUGUUGAUGGUGAUGUGGUAUUAAUGAAUCGCCAGCCUACGUUACAUCGUCCUAGUAUAAUGGCACAUAAGGUUAGAGUUUUGCCAGGUGAGAAAACUCUACGAUUACAUUACGCUAAUUGUAAAUGCUAUAAUGCUGAUUUUGAUGGUGACGAAAUGAAUAUGCAUGUUCCACAAUCCGAAUUAUCACGUGCUGAAGCUUAUACUAUUGCAAGUACUAAAUAUCAGUAUCUCCUACCUAAAGAUGGUAAGCCAAUAAGUGGUUUGAUACAAGAUCAUAUGGUAUCCUCUGUGAAGUUAAUGAUUCGUGGUCGAAUGUUUACAAAAGAGCAAUAUUUUCAGCUUAUUUAUUUCGCAUUAACUGAUAAAGAUGGUCCGAUACAUUUAUUACCACCUUGUAUUAUAAAGCCACGUCAGUUAUGGUCUGGUAAGCAAGUUUUAUCAACUCUCCUUCUCAAUAUCUUACCCAAGAAUAGUACACCUUUAAAUAUGUUGGGCAAAUCAAAAAUUGCCGAUAAAAGUUGGGUGAAUACACGUAUGAAAAAGAAAUCGCGCUAUUAUAAACCGUUAUAUGAUGAAAUUUUAUCCGAAUCUCAAGUUGUUAUUCGACAAGGAGAAUUGUUAUGUGGAAUCUUAGACAAAGCUCAUUUUGGCGCCACAUCUUACGGUUUAGUUCAUUGUUGUUAUGAAUUAUAUGGCGGCGAUACUUCGACUACUUUCCUAUCAAGCGUAUCAAAGCUACUUACUAAAUUUUUACAAAUGAAUGGUUUUACCUUAGGUAUUGAAGAUAUUUUAGUUCGACAAGAUGCAGAUAAUUUGCGUCAACAAUUUAUCAAAGACUGUGCAUCAUCCGGUAAUAAAAUUGCUAAGGAAGCGUUUAAUGUUAACAGUAAAUCGCUUGUCCAAGAAAAGUUUUGUCAAGCUCAUCUUAAAAAUAAAGAUUUAUUGGCAGAAUUAGAAAGCCAUAUGAAACGUAACACUGAUCAUUUUACCAAUGAAAUUAAUAAAGCAUGUACUGGCGCUGGACUACUUAAACUAUUUCCGGAAAACAACUUGCAAUUAAUGGUCCAAUCCGGUGCUAAGGGUUCAACGGUUAAUUGUAUGCAAAUUUCUUGCUUGCUUGGUCAAAUUGAGCUCGAAGGGAAACGGCCACCAUUAAUGAUUAGUGGACGUUCGUUGCCAAGUUUUACUCCCUACGACACAAGCCCAAGAGCUGGUGGAUUUGUUGAUAAUCGCUUCUUGUCUGGUUUACGACCACAAGAAUAUUUUUUUCAUUGUAUGGCUGGAAGAGAAGGAUUAGUUGAUACUGCUGUGAAAACCAGUCGAAGUGGCUAUUUACAGCGUUGUUUAGUUAAGCACUUAGAGGGACUAGUUGUUCAAUAUGAUCUAACUGUCCGCGAUACCGAUGGUUCUGUAAUUCAGUUUCAAUAUGGAGAAGAUUCUGUCGAUGUCACCAAUACACAGUUUUUAUCCACAGUACAUUACCCAUUUAUGGCAAAUAAUUAUAUCAGUAUGCUUGAUAAGCUAGAUUUUAAAGCAGUUAUGGAAUCAGAUUUUAUCAAUAGAAAGAAGGCUGUUCGAAGUUACAAAAAAUUAGCGAAAUGGUUCCAAAAACGCAACUUAAAGAUAGAUGACUUACCGCCUUUACGUCAGUUAUAUUCCACGUCUGCAGUACAAGAGUUCGAAUUUUCUAACUUAGGACAAAAAAUAAGAAAAGAUUAUAAAUCGAAUGUAUUAGACAAAACUACUGGGUUAUCAACUGCUACGACUGCUAUUAUUAAUGGAUGGAAGAAACUUGAUUCUUCGAUUAAAGAAAAAUUUUGUAAGUCAGGUUCAACAUGUCCAGACCCUGUUAAUUGCAGAUUAAAACCGGAUAGAUAUUUUGGUAGUGUAUCAGAGAAGCAAUGGAAGGAGCUUGAGUUGUUCUUAGCGCAAUAUGAGAAUGGUAUCCCAACAUCGAGAAACAAUGAUUAUGUACCUUGCGAUAACUUUCGUAAAAUGAUGCAUCUAAAAUUUAUGCGUGCUUUAGUGGAGCCCGGAUGUCCUGUAGGUUUGCUUGCUGCUCAAUCGAUAGGCGAGCCAUCCACUCAGAUGACAUUAAAUACAUUCCAUUUUGCUGGUCGAGGGGAAAUGAAUGUUACAUUAGGAAUUCCAAGAUUAAGAGAAAUUUUAAUGGUUGGUAGUCCAAAUAUUAAAACACCUUCCAUGAUUGUUAUACUCAAGAAGAAUAAGGAUACUGACAAGAAUGCUAAAUAUCUGAAGAAACAUUUCACACGAGUAACCUUAUCACAAGUAAAUUCUAAUUUUCUAUUUAUGCUGCUUUUAUACCAUGUUUACGUUUAUGUGCUUACAUGUGAAUUUCAACGGUACUAUUCCGUGCGAAUGAAUCUGUUGCCCUAUAAGGACUAUAAGGAUGAAUUUGCUAUCAAGCCUGCGCGAGUUAUAAAAUUUAUCGAAGAUGUCUUUAUUCUGCAUUUCAUAAAAUCGGUUGAGAAAGUCAUUAAAGCAAGCAAAAGUAACAAGGUUAUUAAUCUAAAUAAAUUGGGACGAUUCCGAAAAUUCCGUGAUGUUCAUGAUGACGCUAAAGAAAAAAGUAAAGAAUCAACUCAAGAUGAGGAGACAACAUAUGACGAUCAAUUAACAAAUAACCCUAAUCAGUUGAACCAUAAGAGUAAUAAAGUAAAGAAGUUAUCUUAUGAUGAUAAUACUGAUGAUGAAACCGAAGAUUCGAGUUCCCAAUCUGACGAUAAUGAUGACGGCUCAGAAUUAUACUCAAAUCAAAGCCAAAACUCUAAUGAAUUCAGUAUGCACAUUUUUGAUUGUGAAAUUACGCGGAACUUUGGUUUUUGUAAGCGUAGCAAUAAAUUUUUUCAUUUUUUCAAUUUGAAGACUGUAUCUGCUAUCCAUCAGAGAAUUGUAGCAAAUUCUCAUGAUGUACAAAAUAAACGAUGGUAUGAGUUUACGUUUACGGUAAGGCUAAAUACUUGCAAGAUAAUUUUAGAACCUAUUAUUGAGCAAUUGGCUAAGCAGGCAACUAUUCGGGAAGUUCAAUCAGUUAAGAAGUGCUAUAUUAAUAAAGAUAAAAAUGAAACCGUGACACUGACUACCGAUGGAGUCAAUUUACAGGAUACUUGGCAAUUUGCUAAUAUCAUAGAUGUUAAUAAACUUUACACCAAUGAAAUUCAUGCGAUGGCGUCUACAUAUGGCAUCGAAGCUGCGUAUAGAGCGAUCAUUAAGGAAAUUGAAAAUGUAUUUCGAGUGUACGGCAUUGACGUAAAUUAUCGUCAUCUCUCCCUCAUUGCUGAUUAUAUGACCUAUGAAGGUAGUUAUAGGCCACUAAAUCGACUUGGAAUGGCAUCUUGCUCUUCUCCGUUUCAAAAAAUGAGUUUUGAAACGACCGUUCACUUCUUGCGAGAAGCAACAGCUCAUGGAGAGAUUGAUGUAUUAAAAUCUCCUUCUUCACGAUUGGUAACUGGACGAGUGGUUAAUGGGGGAACUGGCUGUUUUGAUUUAGUUCAACCUCUUUCUUACGGCUAA